GACGGAAUUACACGUAUAAGAUGAAAAAGAUUGAGAUGGGUGAUUACCGCAAGUCUAGUUUUGAAGACACUGAAUAUGGAGAGGAGAAAGAAAAGAAGAAUUCAUAUAGUAAGAUGAAGAUGAGGCACAUAAAGAUGAUGACAUCUGGAAAGCUGAGGAGCUUGAUUCUUUCUCGGAUUCGAAUGGCUCGAUUAAAAUUGUGGGCGGUUCGUGCGGUGAGCAUGGGGCUAUUAUGGGCCAUUGCAAUUCAGUUCAGACCAUUGAGUGACGCAAUUAAGUCACAUCCUCCCGCGUAUCAUUUUCCUCAUCCGGUUCCCCCAGAGAGGAUCUACAACAACAAUGGAUAUUUGUUGAUUUCAUCCAACGGAGGAUUAAAUCAAAUGCGAUCUGGUAUAUGUGAUAUGGUUGCAAUAGCAAGGUUUUUAAACGUCACUAUGAUUGUUCCUGAACUGGAUAAUACCUCAUUUUGGAACGACCACAGUCAAUUUUCAGAAAUAUUUGAUGUAGAUUAUUUCAUUAUAUCGUUGCGAGACGAACUCAGAAUAUUGAAAGAACUGCCUCCCCAGCAAAAGAAAAAAGCAUCAGAACCGCUUUUCACCAUGCCACCUAUUAGUUGGUCUAAUAUGACAUACUACUAUAACGUGAUUCUUCCAAGGAUACAAAAGCAUGAAGUGGUGCAUUUCCAAAAAACUGAUGCGAGGCUUGCUAAUAAUGGGAUCCCUGAAGAGGUUCAGAAACUACGGUGUAAAGCGAAUUAUAAGGCCCUUAAAUUUGCUCCUCCAAUACAGGCCUUGGCGGAGAAGGUGGUGCGUCUUCUCAGAGAAAAAGGUCCUUUUCUGGUUCUUCAUCUCAGAUAUGAAAUGGAUAUGGUUGCCUUCUCUGGUUGCAACGAAGGCUGCAAUCCUCAAGAAGUUGAAGAAUUGACAAAAAUGAGAUAUGCUUAUCCAUGGUGGAAAAAAAAAGUGAUAGACUCGGAGAAGAAAAGGCAAGCAGGAUUGUGUCCUCUAACACCAGAGGAAACUGCACUGUCAAUGCAAGCGUUGGGUAUUGACAGCAAUAUACAGGUUUAUAUUGCUGCCGGGGAUAUAUAUGGAGGAGAAAGAAGGUUGGCAACGCUCAGAGCAGCUUAUCCAAAUUUGGUUAAAAAGGAAACUAUAUUGCCACCUGAAGAGCUUGAGCCAAUCAAGAACUAUUCAAACCAGAUGGCAGCCCUGGAUUAUCAUGUUGCAGUAGAAAGUGAUAUCUUCGUUCCCACCAAUGGUGGAAACAUGGCGAAAGUUGUGGAAGGCCACCGAAGGUUCUUGGGAUUCAAGAAAACAAUACUUCUGGACAGAAAGGCUCUGGUUGAUUUGAUUGAUUUGUAUAGAAGUGGAGCAAUAAACUGGGAAGAAUUCUCGAGUGAAGUAAAAGAAGCUCAUGCAGACAGAGUAGGAAACCCAACAAAAAGACUGGUGGUUCCUGGAAAACCCAAGGAAGAAGACUACUUUUACACCAAUCCGGAGGAAUGUUUACAAGUUCCUGAACCAGUAGUAAAAGAGGAAACUACUCCAACUGAUGACAAUACCCAAAAUGAAGAUUCUCCAAAUGAUGAAGAACCUCGAGAGGAUCAGUAGGCCGCAUGCUUGCUCUCUUCUUUUAAGAAGACCCAUGUGUAAUUAAUUUUCCUUUUUUAUUUUGUCCAGACAAAAGAAGAACAGAAAUUUUAUUAUUUCAUCUAUAAUCACACACUUAGGUUUAUUUUCGGUGACA